CAUCUCAGCUGGAUGGUCCUGGGUACCACCUGCUCCAGCCCCCCAGAGGGCCACCUCAGAACCCUGGGCUCCUCUGGGGCUGCCACAUCCCUGCCCUCCCACACCACCCCUCUUGGCCCCAGCCCCUACCCCAGCCUCGCUUCCACUUCUCUCCUGGCCCUGGCCUGAGCAAGCCCCUCCCCGCCCACUCCCCCCAGCAGCCCCACCCCUGGGCCCCCACCUGCCUUGGAAAUCUCCCAGCCAAGCAGGUACUAGGUCCUGGGAAUACAGACUACUUCCUGCUUCCGGGUCCACACCACCCGAGGCCUUGGCAAUCAGCCCCGCCCCCCACCAGUCCCCCAGGGCCCGUGGGGGUGCUGACGGAGCUCCGGUGAGGGCGGGGCCUGUGCCCCGCAGGUGUACUUACUGCCUCCCAACCUCAGCAGGUGCGGCGGAAGGAGGAGGCCACAGGCCUCUUGGCCUCUUCAUUCCAGGGAUUUUUCACUUUUUCUCAAUAGACCAGACAGCCAACCUGGAACACAGCAGACACUCAGCCGCUGUUGACUUCAUGAAUGAAGAAAAGACAGAAGAAAAAUGGUGGCAGGACAGAGCGGGCUGGGCAAGUCCACCAUGGUGAACACACUCUUCAAGUCCAAGAUGUGCAAGUCCACCAUGCCGGGCCUGGGGGUGCCCACACCCCAGACGCUGCAGCUGCAGUCUGUGACCCACGUCAUCGAGGAGAGCGGCGUGAAGCUUAAGCUGACCGUGACCGACACGCCCGGCUUCGGGGACCAGAUCAACAACGACAAGUGCUGGGACCCCAUCCUGGGCUACAUCAGUGAGCAGUAUGAGAAGUACCUGCAGGAGGAGAUCCUCAUUACCCGGCAGAGACACAUCCCCGACACCCGAGUGCACUGCUGCGUGUACUUCGUGCCGCCCACCGGGCACUGCCUGCGGCCCCUGGACAUUGAGUUCCUGCAGCGGCUCUGCCGGACUGUGAACGUGGUGCCUGUGAUCGCCCGGGCCGACAGCCUAACCAUUGAGGAGCGAGAAGCCUUCAGGCACAGGAUCCAGGAAAACCUGAAGACUCACGGCAUAGAGGUGUAUCCACAGAAGUGCUUUGAUGAGGACAUCAAUGACAAGAUCCUCAACAGCAAGAUCCGGGAACGUAUCCCCUUCGCUGUGGUCGGGGCUGACCGAGAGCACAUUGUGAAUGGGAGGUGUGUCCUGGGCCGGAAGACGAAGUGGGGCAUCAUUGAAGUGGAGAACAUGGCUCACUGUGAGUUCCCCCUCCUGAGAGACCUGCUCAUCCGCUCCCACCUCCAAGACCUGAAGGACAUCACACACAACGUCCACUAUGAGAACUACCGCAUCUUCAGACUGAAUGAAAGCCACGUGCUGCCCCGAGGGCCCGGCUGGGUGAACCUGGCCCCAGCCCCGGCCUCCAUCCCUGCCCCCGCUGGCCCCCAGGCCAGCCCCAGACCCCCAAAGGUCUGCUGGUGGGCGAAGGACAACUCAGAUGAGGAAUGCUGAGCACCGGCACAUCCCGGGCCCGCGGAGCUCCCCAAGUCCUGGGCAGCCCCCUGACACACACCUGUGUACUAGAGCAUGUAUUAAAGGGUGGACAUUGCUUUUUAUGAAAAGCUGUGCUUUGAAAACAAAAGGCGUUUUGUAAAUGACUUCUUUGAGCUAUCCUCAAAUAAAAGUAUUGUUCUUUUUAAAA